AUGUCGACCUCCUCUGCCCCCACGCAGGAGAUCAAAGAUGAGAUCAACGCAGUCGCGACGAAGCCCGUCAACCAGACGAUUGCGCAGCUGCGUUCGCUCGCAGCCGGUGCAGCCGGUGGGCUUUGCGCGGUGAUUGUGGGCCACCCAUUUGACUUGGUCAAAGUGCGCUUGCAGACGGCAGAGAAGGGUAUCUACUCUGGUGCCAUGGAUGUGGUGCGGAAAACCGUCGCCCGUGAGGGGCUGGCCCGGGGACUGUAUGCUGGUGUAUCUGCCCCGCUUGUGGGUGUUACCCCAAUGUUUGCCGUGAGCUUCUGGGGCUAUGAUGUCGGAAAGACUUUGGUCAACAAAUUCUCCACGGUGCCCGUGAAGCAUGACACCCCCCAGUAUUCCAUUGCUCAGAUUUCCGCGGCUGGCUUCUUCUCCGCCAUCCCCAUGACCUUGAUCACUGCCCCCUUCGAGCGGGUGAAGGUCCUCCUCCAGAUUCAAGGCCAGAACCCACCUCCUCCUGGGGAGAAGCCCAAGUACUCCGGUGGUAUGGAUGUGGUGCGACAGCUAUACAAGGAAGGGGGUGUGCGCAGCGUGUUCCGCGGCAGCGCGAUGACUCUGGCACGCGAUGGCCCUGGCUCGGCUGCUUAUUUUGCCGCUUACGAGUACAUCAAGCGCUCGUUGACCCCCAAGGAUGCGAAUGGGAACGUCACGGGUGAAUUGUCCCUGUCUGCGGUCCUAGCCGCCGGUGGCGCUGCCGGUAUUGCGAUGUGGAUCCCUGUCUUCCCCGUCGACACAAUCAAGUCUCGUCUGCAGAGUGCACCGGGCAAGCCCACCAUUGGCGGCACCAUCAGCGCGGUUUAUGCCAACGGCGGCAUCAAGGCCUUCUUCCCAGGCUUUGGACCAGCCUUGGCCCGUGCUGUGCCAGCUAACGCUGCUACCUUCCUGGGUGUCGAACUGGCCCACAAGGCCAUGAACAAGUUAUUCGACUAG